CCGCCGUCCCCUCCCUCGCCGGCCCGGCCCCGCACGGCCCCGCACGGCACGGGGGUUGCCAUGACAAGCAUUUUCUCCCGUUAGCUCCGGGACCGCUCCCCCUCCAUCCCAUGGCCAGUCGCGGGGGCUCCGCCGCCAGCCGGGCGCCGUGGGACCGGAGCCGCUCCAGUUGCUGUGGUAUCCAGGGAGCCCUCCUCCUCCUCCUCCUCCUCCUCCUCCUCCCGCUGCAGGAGCUGCACGCCGGGCGUUGCUAAGGUCGCCUCCGCGGUAACAUGCACAUCCUGUUUACACCUUCAUCCCGACAACUUGGGCUCGGAUAGAGCCGCCCGUUCCCCCCGGGAAGCCCCCAGGGAAGGGGCCGCACGGAGCAUCCCCCGCCGGAGCCGCCGGAGCCGCGAGCGAGGCCGCCCCAGGAGCGCCGCGCCGGUGGCACCGUCGCUGUGACAAGAUGACGAACAACGUGGCCGACCACCACCCCGGGAACUCGGUGGCCGAGGGCAACCAUGAGGGGGACUUUGGGUGCUCCUUGGUGGAGCUCAGGAACCUCAUGGAGCUGAGGAGCGCUGAGGCCGUGGCCCGGAUCAACGACUCCUAUGGCGGCGUCCAGAACGUCUGCAAGAGGCUGAAGACGUCGCCGGUCGAAGGCCUGUCCGGGAACCCCACGGACCUGGAGAAGCGGCGUCAGGUCUUUGGCCAGAACUUCAUCCCCCCCAAGAAGGCCAAGACGUUCCUGCAGCUGGUGUGGGAGGCGCUGCAGGACGUGACGCUGAUCAUCCUGGAGAUCGCAGCCAUCAUCUCCCUGGGGCUCUCCUUCUACCACCCCCCGGGAGGGGACAACGAGCUGUGCGGGCAGUCCUCGGGCGGCGUGGAGGACGAGGGCGAGGCGCAGGCGGGCUGGAUCGAGGGCGCUGCCAUCCUGUUCUCCGUCAUCAUCGUGGUGCUGGUGACAGCCUUCAACGACUGGAGCAAGGAGAAGCAGUUCCGGGGCCUCCAGAGCCGCAUCGAGCAGGAGCAGAAGUUCACGGUGAUCCGCAAGGGCCAGGUGAUCCAGAUCCCCGUGGCCGAGAUCGUGGUGGGGGACAUCGCCCAGAUCAAGUACGGUGAUCUCCUGCCAGCGGACGGGAUCCUGAUCCAGGGCAAUGACCUGAAGAUAGACGAGAGCUCGCUGACCGGGGAGUCAGACCAGGUGAAGAAAUCCAUGGAUAAAGACCCCAUGCUGCUGUCAGGUACCCACGUGAUGGAGGGCUCGGGCAGGAUGGUGGUGACUGCCGUGGGCAUCAACUCCCAGACAGGGAUCAUCUUCACCCUCUUGGGAGCAGGAGAAGGUGACGAGGAGAAGAAAGUGAAGAAAGGUAAAAAAAGCGGAGCCCCCGAAAACCGCAACAAAGCUAAAACUCAGGAUGGUGUGGCCUUAGAGAUCCAGCCCCUGAAGAGCCAGGAGGGGGUGGAGAACGAGGAGAAGGAGAAGAAGAAGGUGAAGGUGCCCAAGAAGGAGAAGUCGGUGCUGCAGGGGAAGCUCACGCGCCUGGCGGUGCAGAUCGGGAAGGCAGGGCUGAUCAUGUCGGCCAUCACCGUCAUCAUCUUGGUGCUCUACUUCGUCAUCGACACCUUCGGGGUGCAGAAGCGGCCCUGGCUGGCCGAGUGCACCCCCAUCUACAUCCAGUACUUCGUCAAGUUCUUCAUCAUCGGCGUCACCGUGCUGGUGGUGGCCGUGCCCGAGGGGCUCCCGCUGGCCGUCACCAUCUCGCUGGCCUACUCCGUCAAGAAAAUGAUGAAGGACAACAACCUGGUGAGGCACCUGGACGCCUGCGAGACCAUGGGCAACGCCACGGCCAUCUGCUCGGACAAGACGGGCACGCUGACCAUGAACCGCAUGACCGUGGUGCAGGCCUACGUGGGGGACACCCACUACCGCCAGAUCCCCGACCCCGAGGCCAUCCUGCCCAAAAUCCUGGACCUCAUCGUCCACGGCGUGGCCAUCAACUCUGCCUACACCUCCAAAAUCCUGCCUCCGGAGAAGGAAGGGGGGCUGCCCCGCCAGGUGGGCAACAAGACCGAGUGUGCCCUGCUGGGCUUCGUGCUGGACCUGAAGCAGGACUACCAGGCCGUGCGCAACGAGGUGCCCGAGGAGAAGCUCUACAAGGUGUACACCUUCAACUCCGUGCGCAAGUCCAUGAGCACCGUGCUGAGGAGCAGCGGCGGCGGCUUCCGCAUGUACAGCAAGGGCGCCUCCGAGAUCAUCCUGCGCAAGUGCACCAAGAUCCUGGACAAGAACGGCGAGCCGCGGGUGUUCAAGGUGAAGGACAGGGACGAGAUGGUGAAGAAGGUGAUCGAGCCCAUGGCCUGCCACGGGCUCAGGACCAUCUGCCUGGCAUUCCGGGACUUCCCUGCGGACGCAGAGCCCGACUGGGACAGCGAGAACGAGAUCCUGUCUGACCUGACCUGCAUCGCUGUGGUGGGGAUCGAGGAUCCCGUCCGGCCCGAGGUGCCCGAUGCCAUCCUGAAGUGCCAGCGCGCGGGCAUCACCGUCCGCAUGGUGACAGGGGACAACAUCAACACUGCCCGUGCCAUCGCCACCAAGUGUGGCAUCCUGCUGCCCGGGGAGGACUUCCUGUGCCUGGAGGGGAAGGAGUUCAACCGCCUCAUCCGCAACGAGAAGGGAGAGGUGGAGCAGGAGCAGCUGGACAAGAUCUGGCCCAAGCUGCGGGUGCUGGCCCGCUCCUCCCCCACGGACAAGCACACCCUGGUGAAAGGAAUCAUCGACAGCACCGUGGGUGACCAGAGGCAGGUGGUGGCUGUGACAGGGGACGGGACCAACGACGGCCCAGCCCUGAAGAAAGCAGACGUCGGCUUUGCCAUGGGCAUCGCGGGCACGGACGUGGCCAAGGAGGCCUCGGACAUCAUCCUGACAGAUGACAACUUCACCAGCAUCGUCAAGGCCGUCAUGUGGGGCCGCAACGUCUACGACAGCAUCUCCAAGUUCCUGCAGUUCCAGCUCACCGUCAACGUGGUGGCCGUCAUCGUGGCCUUCACCGGCGCCUGCAUCACCCAGGACUCGCCCCUGAAGGCCGUGCAGAUGCUGUGGGUGAACCUGAUCAUGGACACGUUCGCCUCGCUGGCGCUGGCCACGGAGCCGCCGUCGGAGUCGCUGCUGCUGCGCAAACCCUACGGGCGCAACAAGCCGCUCAUCUCGCGCACCAUGAUGAAAAACAUCCUGGGCCACGCCGUCUACCAGCUGACCAUCAUCUUCACCCUGCUCUUCGCAGGGGAGAAGUUCUUCGACAUCGACAGCGGCCGGAACGCGCCCCUGCACUCGCCCCCCACCGAGCACUACACCAUCGUCUUCAACACCUUCGUGAUGAUGCAGCUCUUCAACGAGAUCAACGCCCGCAAGAUCCACGGCGAGAGGAACGUCUUCGAGGGCAUCUACCGCAACCCCAUCUUCUGCACCGUGGUGCUGGGCACCUUCUUCGCCCAGAUCAUCAUCGUGGAGUUUGGUGGGAAGCCCUUCAGCUGCUCUGGGCUCACCCUGAGCCAGUGGUUCUGGUGCAUUUUCAUCGGAGUGGGAGAGCUCCUGUGGGGCCAGCUGAUCUGCACCGUGCCCACGAGCCACCUGAAGUUCCUGAAGGAGGCUGGGCACGGCAUCACCAAGGAGGAGAUCCCCGAGGAGGAGCUGCCCGAGGACGUGGACGAGAUCGACCACGCGGAGAUGGAGCUGCGGCGGGGGCAGAUCCUGUGGUUCCGGGGGCUCAACAGGAUCCAGACCCAGAUGGACGUAGUUUACACAUUCCAGACCGGCGCCUCCUCUUUGCAGGGAGCCCUCAGGAGACAGCCUUCCAUCGUGAGCCAGCACCACGAUAUCAAAGUGGUGAAUGCGUUCCGUAGCUCCCUGUACGAAGGCCUCGAGAAACCCGAAUCCAGAAGCUCCAUCCAUAACUUCAUGACUCACCCGGAGUUCAUCCUGGAGGAAGACGAGCCUCGGACACCAUUCCUCGACGGCGCCGAAGACGAGCCCGAGCCCGACGGACUCCAAAAGCGAGGUGGGGGCAGCCUGGGGGGCUCCACGGCCCUCAACAGGAACAACAACGCCGUGGACAGCGAGUUCAGCUUCCCCGAGCCCGGGAGCCCCUUCCACAGCCUGGAGACCUCUGUUUGACCUUAGAACUUGGAAUUCCCCCUCCUCCUCCUCCUCUUCCUCGUCCUCAUCCAUCCACCUGGGCCCUGUGUGAUCCCAGCACCAGUAACUGAUCACACGCUGCGGUCAAACUGCUCAUGCCUCUAUCAUCAUCUGGGGUUUUUUGGGGGUUUUUUUUUGGGGUGGGGGUUUAAUCUGUUUUGUUUUUGUUUUGUUUCAUUUUGUUCUUUUUUUUUUUUUACCGUUAUUUAGCAGUGGGAACCAGAGUACCACCACGCUGGGUGUUGGGAGAGAAAGCCAAAAAAAAAACCAAAAAAAAAACUAAUUGUGCAUCUCCAUCCCUGAUUUUCCGUGGUACUCACCCAGGGGAAGCUGCCAGGUUCUUUCCUCUCCAAGAGCUGGGCUCCAGACACCUGGAGCCAGAGGGUUUUCACUUUGGAGAAAUGCAUGUUCCAAGGAAAUUCAAAUUGUUGUAGUCUUACACGCCCUCAGCCCGAAGGCUGGCGGUGCACUUGUGACUUGAUUUGAUUUUUUUGUGGGUUGUUUUUGUUUUGUUUUUUUCACAUGUGGUUUUUAGGGUAUUUUUUUUUUCUUCUAAUUGUUGGGGUUUGCUCUUUGCUUGUGGGAUUUGCCCCCCUACCCAGUGGGAAGUGGGGAGGGGCAGUCACUGCUCCAGUGCGAAAAUUAAGGAAUAAACUAAAAAAUGCCAGCCAGGGGAAGGUGUUUACUCCAAGGUUCAGAGAUCCAGGGAUGCCCACCAGUCUUCCACCUUGGAAAAAUGGUACCUGGGCUUCUUCCAGCUCCCCCUCUGUGUGUGCCCACGCGUUUUUCUCUCUCUCUUUCCAAACUGGGAGAUGAGAAAUGAAGGUGGCUUGGCUCUGACCUUGCUGGGAGGGGAGAAAUUCAGAUUUUCCUGCAAAGGUGGAGGUGAAACUGCCAGGGAAAAGGUGAGGAGAGCCCCCCCAGUUGUGAGGGAUGCAGCUUCUUCCUGAGGAAUUCUCUAGGAUUUCUCUUCUCCUCCUCCAGGAGAGGCCUCUCUGCUGCUCUUGGUCAGGGGGAAGCUCUCGGGGAGAGGAUUUUUGCAGCUCUCCAGCUGCUGCCCUCCAGAGCAGAAGGAUUUUUGCCCUUUUUUCUGUGCUCUUGGGGUCCAGCACCCCUCAGCCUCGCAGUGAUCCGGGAGGAGGCUCCAGCCAUGCCCAAAAAGCUGUGGGAGGCUGAGUGGGGACCUCCUGAAUCCUGGGAAGGAUCAACCCAGCUGUGUCCUGGUCCCGUGGAAGGCAGGGAGGCCCCUGGAUGAUCCCGGAUUUUCCUGGAGGUUUGGCUUGGCUGGCUGCUUUUUUAGGGAGGUCACCUCCUCCCCUUGAGCCCUGCCUCACCUCCAGCGCUGGGAACAACCCAGCCAGAGUCCCUGUCCUUGCAGGUGGCUCUGGAUUGUCCCUCUGGAGCAGGAGGCAGGGCUUGGGCUCCUCCUUCCCCUGGGGGAAGCUCUGCCACUUCCCUGCCCUCCUCCAUCCCCUCUGGCCGAGCAAACGAGCUGGAAGCGAGGCCAUUCCCACCCCUGGACGGGAAAACCCUGGGAUUCCAAACCCUGAGGGGUUUUUUGGUUGUUUUUUUGGGAAAGGCUGGCUCUGGCUGGGUUCUCCUCCCCUGUCCUGCCAGGAACGCACAGCGGAAUCUCCCGUGCCUUGUCCGAGCACUGCCUGCAGCACCUCCUGCCACGCCAGGCCCAGAUCUUUGCCAAGAUUUAAGUGUUCCUUAAACCACAACGCAAACCAAGUGUCUCUGUGUCCUUCCCCGGGCUGGGAGGAGGAGGAGGAGGAGGAGGAGGGAAGGACGAGCUCCUUUUUCCUGCUGAGGAAAGGUCUUUAUCCCAAAAAUCCCAAAUAUCCUGACUAUCCCGAGUGUCCCACCCUGGUGCUGGCGAGCUGGGCUUUGUUCACUGCCAACAGCAAGAAGAAAUUGCCACCACUGCCCGUCCCCAGUGCAAAUUCAGCGUCCACCCCACGCCCGGCUCCUCCUUGCCUCCCUCCCCCCAAAAAAUAACCCAGGGGAGUGAGGGGAUCUUGGGUUAAACACCAGGAAAAACAACAAAAAAAAAAACAACAGCAAAUGAGGGGUGGUUGUGGGGUUUUGGUUCUGUGCUAAAGGUGACGUUGCUUAAAAAAAAAACAAAAAAAAAAUCACUUUUUCUAUUUUAAAUACUUGCAAAAAACAAAAAAAAAAGAGAAGAUAUGGUGUUCUUACAAGCUUACAUAAAUAUUUAUUAAAUACUUUUUUGGGGGAUGCACCAAAUUUUUUUUUUUCCUUUUGAUAUUUUUUUUUAAUACCUCAGACCUGUUGAAAAAAAGAAAUAAAUAAAUAAAAAAUAAAAAAAAAAAAAGAAAGACUCAAACCAACAACAACUUCAAGCCAACUUUGGAGGAGGCUCUCAAAGUCACUCCCAGAAAUCUGUGACUGGCAGGGUUUGCCACAAGGGUCUGGUCGUUCCUUUAGUUUGCUCUAUUUUUUGUCGUUCUAGUUUCCAUUUUAGGAGUGGGGAGGGAGGGAGAAAUAAUGCUCUAUAAAUAUUAUGCAAAAAAAAAAAGGAAAAAAAAAAGAAAAAGAAAAAAAAUCUAGUUUUCUUUAGCUCAGAAACGGAUAUUUUUACGUCAGCCAUAUGUAUUUUGUUUAAAGAAAAAGAAGAAAAUAAAGAAAUCUCGAGUCCCGCCACUGCGUGAGGGCAGUUGCAAGGGACACUUUAAUUAAUUCCGUGGAUUAAUUAAUUCAGCCAUCGGAUGCCAGUCAGCUUCCUUUUCUCUGAGCAGCCAUCUUUCUACUAGCCGUGAGUUGGAUGACACAAACGGGGUUUUUUUAUAUAAAUAUCUAUAAAUUAUGUUGGUGUAUGGCUGGUUGCUUCAAGUAUAAAUGUUUCUUGUGCAGAUUUCCUGUAAAGUUUUGGGUUUUUUUGGGUUUAGUUUCCGUGAUAUCCUGGCAGCAGCUGACUCUUGGCUUAAGUUAUUGAGGACAUUACACACGAAAAAAAAAAAAAAGAGAGAUUUGGGGGAGAUUGGUGCUCCAAAAAUAAGGCAUGGUCAGCGGCACGGACUUUUGGGGACUUUCUGCAACAUGCCUUGACUAGGGGGAGAUAUAAAUAUCCAUAUAAAUAUAUAUUAUUAUGAAUAAUUUCUGGUUUUUUUCGCUUUGUUGGAACUGCCACGAGUGCGCGCGGAGCAGGGGAGGGCCGGCGCCGUGCCCGCCAGGAAGCAAAGCCACCCCCUCCCUCCUCCUUGUGAUCAACUUGCCUUGGAAUGCUUUGUCAUUAAAACACUCUGAACAUCCUUCUGCAUCCAGUUCUUGAUCCCAGCAGGGCGGAUUUGCGGAUUUUCCGUGGAUUUUCCCGUGGAUUUUCCGUGGAAUUGGCGGAUUGGUACCAAAGACACCGCGGCCUGUGUGCGGCUCGCUGGCCAGGCAGCUCUCGAGGCUUUUUCCUGCUGAGGUUUUUAUGAUUUGCACAGGGAGAAGGGUGUGGGGAGGGGGGUUUAAUUUCCUUUUUUUUUUGUUGUUCCCAAAGGUUUUCCGUGCAAUAAAGUGAUAUUUUCCAAGCGAUCUCAAGAAGGAAAUAAACUAAACCGCGUUUGAGCAUGGGCGGUCUUUCCCCCCUCACAACCCCAGGCCCAGAGGCCUCAGCUCCUCUCUGAGGGGAAAAAAAACCUGAGCUGGGAAAAAAACCCCAUCCCAAAUGCCAGAGGGAAUCUCCAGGUGGAGCUGCCAGCUCCUGGUGCCCUCUGGCACCACGGUGACAAGGUUUUUGUCCCUCUGUGGGGGACACCUGGGCCUGCAUGGCUUCUGCUCCAUCCCCAAACCCCUGAGCCCAAAACGCCUCCUGCACCCCCAGAUCUUCCCUGGGGCCACAGGGAUGUGGGGGAACCUUUCCCUGCUCCUUUCCCUGCUCCUUUUCCACCCAAACAGGAUUUUUUUUCCCCCCAAACGGGGAUUUUGGCAUUUCUUCCUCUCUGGCAUCCCCUCCCUCACCCCGACUCUGCUCUGCCCCAACCCCCCCAGUUUUCAUCCAGCAAAACCCAUGGUUAAAACUGCCUUUAGUUUAUUUCCUCCCCUUCAAUAAAUAUAUAUAUAUACAGUCUGAACUCAACAUUUAUGUGUGUGUAUAUAUAUUUAUCCAACGCUCUCACAAAACAAAAAAAACUUUCUUUUGAAGAGGGCACGUGGAGCUGAAUUUUUCUUCUUUUUUUUUUUUUUUUUCCAGUAACUCAGUAUAAUAAGCACUGGUAUUUUUGUAUAAAAAAAAAAAAACGGGAGAGAGGAAAAAAAGAAAAAAAAAAAAAACCAAAAUACAAAACAAAAGACUGAGUAUUAUGUGGUAUGCAUGACAUUAAAAAACAAAACAAUGGUGGUUUCAAAGCAAUAUGUACCCUGGUGUGUUUGCCAUAUCCUAGAGUCCAGCUUAAAGUGCACCUGAUCUGUAUUGCAUUUUGAUAUUAAUCUCUAUGUACAAUGUUUUGCAUGUAAUUUAUAUGGAUCUUGGGAGAAAAAUGAAAAAAAAAAAAAAGAGAAUCUGAA